UUUAAAUCGUAGAGAUACUGGCACUUAGCCACGCUUCGACUGCCAGUAUUGUCUGGGCCGCGCUGGUAAUAGGACGUCUCGCAGUUUAUCGUUCCAUCGUAAUGCUCUUACAGAAUCGCGAACUGUUUAUCUCUUCACGCGUGUAUCAAACUGUAAAUGUGUUUAAAUCAUCCUUGUUUCACGCUUUCGAAUAGCGUGUGACAUAAUCGACUGACAUUUUCAUUUCAUUCGGGAAGUGACAAACAAAUAUACAUAUGCCUAGUAAGAAGAAAAUUAAGUCUCCGCAACAACUGUGGGAAAGUUUAUCAUCUGUAUUUGUUAACUUCGUCGAGACUAUAUUCUUCAAUUUGGGAGUUCUAGUUGGCAGGCAUCCAUGGCGGACUAUUGUUGUAUCAUGGACCUUAGUGUUAGUCAGCUGCACGGGCCUAUUAACAUUUUACAUAGAAAAGAAUCCUAUGAAGUUAUGGGUCCCGCCCGAAUCGGAUUUUUAUCAAGACACGAACUGGUAUAUAGAUAAUUUUGGUACUAACUUUCGUCUACAGAAAAUUUUAGUAACGGCGGAUAAUGUUCUUGCUCCUGAAGUCUUAAUGCUGAUUAAAAACAUUACAAAUGAAGUCAAUUCGAUUGCAAUUCAACACAACAAUAAAACUUAUUCAGUGCAGGAGCUGUGCUUCAAAGUACCAAUUGUUAAUAUUUUUGAUUCAAGUGGAAAAUCUAGAUCUGAGGACGAAGCUUCAAAGAGAAAAGAACCAAGUAAGAUAAACUACGUGGAUAACACUUUGUGGGUUGACGACGAGUUUUAUUGUGGAUUCUUAGAGGCAUUUCAACUAACAUGUUUGAAGUAUAACAUCUUAGAUUUAUGGGGAAAUGACCCUGACUUGAUAAGAAAUGCCUCAGAGCAUGAUAUUAUUGAUAAGAUAAAUAAAGUAAAAUUGAACCCGGUGUCUGGCCAUCCAACGGACUUUGUGAAAAUGUUGGGCGGUGUUAAACGUGAUAAGAGUGGUAAGAUUGUGUCUGCAAAAUCUGUGUUAAUUAGUUGGUAUAUGUAUGUUAACAUGACAGCUGUGAAUUUAGAUGAAGUCGGUAAUCUUAUAGGCACAGAAGACUGGGUGUCUAUGGAAUUAGCGUUAUGGGAACAAAAUUUUUUAAACUACAUAAAAAGUGUUGAUUAUCGAAGUAAAGGUAUUAGUUUGUAUUAUGAAGCAGGGCGUAGUUUUGCAGAUGUAAGUGGCGAAGCAAUGUUUCAAGAGAUGGACAAACUAGCUGUAGGUGUAAUUAUGAUGUUUUUUUAUAUAUUGAUAGCGGUAUCUCGAUGUAAUUGGUUAGAAAUAAGAGUAACUUUAGGAAGUGUGGGUUUGUUGGGUGUGGGCAUGUCAUAUGUCAGUGCGGUGGGUUGGUGCUCAAUCCUAGGCAUUUCUUUCGGUCCAGUUCAUUCAUCUUUACCCUUCCUUCUAAUGGGACUCGGAGUAGACGAUAUGUUUGUAAUGAACGCCUGUUGGAAAAUCGUUAUGGCCCAUGAUUCGCACAAAAGUGUGCCAGUUAAAAUAGGACUCAUGUUAAAACACGCAGGCGUGUCUAUUGUAAUAACAUCAUUUACUGACAUAGUUGCUUUAUUAAUUGGUGCAAUAACCAUAUUGCCAUCUCUUAAAUCGUUUUGCAUGUAUGCGGCAAUGGGUGUGUUCUUUGUAUUUUGUUAUUCUGUUACGUUUUAUGUAGCAGUUUUUACAUUAGAUCUUAAAAGAAUUGAAUCGAAAAGGAACGGUGUUCUUUUUUGCUAUAGACACAAAAAUGAAAUAACUAUUUCUACCGAGAAAACAAUCUUUCAAAAGGGUCUAGAGAGUUUUUACAAAAAUGUAAUAUUUACCAAAGCUGGGAAAUCUAUUGUUAUAUUGUUUACAAUUAUCAUGUCCGGAAUUAGUAUCGAAGCGAUUCUGAAAUUGGAACAAAGGUUUGACCCCAGAUGGUUCAUACCCGAAGAUACUUAUUACAAAGACUUUAUCAACGCGCAUGAGUUUUACUAUCCAGAGGAAGGACACCCGGCUAUGAUUUUUAUGGGUAAAAUGAAUUAUAGCUCUGAAUUUGAUAAUAUUUAUAAUAUGGUACAAGAAUUGCGUAAUCAAACAUAUGUCACUGACACAGUUGCAUGGGUGGAACAUUUCCACGGCUAUGUCUUACAAAACUACGGUCACGAUUUAAAAAAUUUGUCUUCUUUACCACCAGAGAUAUUCAAUAAAUAUUUAUCUAGAUUUUUAUUCAGCCCUGUAGGUGGCCAGUUCCAGUAUAGUUUUAAAUUUUCAGAACCACUACGUUGUGGCUAUCCUGUGUCUGAUAUAAACGCUUCUUCAAUGUCAUUCAGUUUCACAAAGUUCGGUGGCCCAGAAGAGUAUAUACCUGCUAUGAAUAUGGUUAAGAGAAUUGUGAAAAAUACAAAUAUAACUAGUGGAGAUGGUUAUCGAUCCGUCUGGUCAAAGGCUUUUGCUAAUUGGGUCACAGAUGAGAUCAUCGCUGUUGAGGUCGAAAGAAAUAUUGAAUUAGCAUUAAUAUGUGUGAUGAUAUGCACUGUAAUAUUAAUAACAAACCUUCAAAUGUGUCUAUGGAUAUUCAUUUGCGUGUUGCUGACUAUUAUAAACGUCCUGGGUUGCAUGCAACGUUGGGGCAUGACUGUUGACAUAGUUUGUUGUAUUGGUCUUGAACUUGCGAUCGGAUUGUGUGUUGACUACGCGGCCCACGUCGGCCACUCAUUCUUAACAUUCACUCAAGGCAGUCGCAAUGAGAGAGCCUUCAAAACGGUCACUUCGAUAGGGACUGCCGUCUUACUUGGAGGGGGUUCCACUUUACUUUCUCUAUCUCUCCUAAGUAUGUCCAAAACGUAUACGUUCCAAUCUUUCUUUAAAAUUUUCCUUUUAGUAAUACUCUUCGGUUUGUAUAGCGGGCUUUUGUUUUUACCUGUUGUAUUGUCGUUAGUCGGCCCUGCAGGUUACGUAAAGAAAGAUGAAGUUCAUAGCAUACCAGAAGCGGUAGAAUUAAAUGGUAAAAUUAAUAAAAAAGAGAAGACGAUUGAUGAUAGUUGAGAUUAUGUUUGAGGAUAAUGAGUAAAAAUUGUGAUACAGUGAUUUAAAUACAUUGUGUUGAGUGUUUUAAGGUAAUUAUGUUUUACUACUGUUUUUGUAGGUGCAGAUAAGAUAGGCGUUAUCAGAAAAUGUGAUUUAGGUACCGGUAUCUAAGUAAACUUAAGAUAUUGAAUUUUUAAACCUCAAUUUGUAAAUACAAAGAAAAAUAUUGUUUCAUAAGGUAUUGGAGGUCGAUAGUAUAUUAAGGUUUAUCACUAGCAUAAAAACUAUCCAUGACCUUUGGUGACAUAAGCCUUUUGUAAAGAUUUAAUGGCAUGUAUAAAACUCAGUGUUCAUUAUAAAGGAGUACGUAAGAAUGUAAAAUAAAAACAAGCUAUUGUUUCACUUCCUUAUGGUCGAUCAACACCCUCUGAACUCCAAUCGCAGCUACAAUUCAACCAAUCACAAGCGAAAUGCACCAUCGUUUUGUUUUUUGUUUAACAUCCUUAGUACCUGCGUUGAUCCUUUGUCACAUACAAAUGGGAUAAUGAACCCAGCUUCAAAAUUGAGUUUUGGAAUUCGAAAAUUGUAUUAAGGGCCAAAUCGAAACUGGGUAGAAAAACUCAAUUUUGAACCGCUAUAGCAAGGCUUUCUGAAAUGUUAAAGCGAUUAUACGUCCUGUAUAUACCUAAUUCUAUUUAAGUGUAAAUAUUAAGUGCAGUGAAUAAUAUGUAUAAUUGAAAUCAGUACAUUGUUAUCUGUAAAAGUAUGUCGUUGUUUUUAUGACGAUAUACUCUUUGUUCGCUAUGAGCUCUCUGAUAUGUAGGAAUUACUUGAUUAUUCAUCGACGUAAGUUAAUAUUAUGAAAUCAUUUAGGGAUUAAAAAAUCUAGAAAUUGAAUUUUUAAAAUGAUUUGCUGGAAAUUUUCAACGUUACUUUUAGGCCUUGAAAUUAGUAUUGAUAAUUUUAUUAAUAAUAUCUAUUAUCAUUUAAAUACAUAUGUACGUAAGCACAAUCGAUUGUUAUCAAUGUGAUAAUAGUUAUAUAUCUAAGUAUUCUUAUGUAUCUUUAUGCAAACUUAGAAAUGCAUGAUUAUUGUUAUUAAAUUUCGUUAUAAUAAUAAAUGUAGAUUAUAGAAUGCAACAGGUACCUCGAUAAUAAAUUUGUAAUUAUUUUA